CAAAAGGUCUCUUCCUUGGGUCAAACCAUCCAAGGGCAAAAUAAUUUAAUGUCAUUUUCGUAAAUAAUCCAGAAAUCACGGGUGCACAUAUAUCAAAAAUAUUCAGGACAUCGUCACAUCUGUUUCUCACUCCUGCCCUUUUUGCUCUCUCUUCGUCUUCUUCUCGACAACAGGAAACAUCUAGCCCAGAAGAACGCUCAGAUCUGUGACCACAAAAGCUUCGCGAAAACCUAAUCCAGGAUACAAUAUUUGUAAGUAAUAUUUCCUGCUUCAUCGUUAUUAUAAAUGUACUUGCUUUUCGUACGCUUUUGAUACAUUGAGUACACUGUUAGCUCUUUGUAUGGACCCGAAGUCGACGUUUGCUCGAGAUCUAUGACUUUCGAAGUUCGCAAAUAGCUAGGUAGAUUGGGGUGAUACGAAAUGGCAGAGGUGGAUGUUCAAAAUCCUCUUCUUGGCGAUUCAACCUGCGGUUCGUUACUGCAUCAGUUGCAGAAAAUUUGGGAUGAGGUUGGUGAAAGCGAUGAGGAAAGGGAUAAGAUGCUUCUUCAGCUAGAACAAGAGUGCUUGGAUGUGUACAAGAGGAAAGUUGACCAGGCUGCAAAGUCAAGGGCACACCUUCUUCAGGCACUGGCAGAUGCUAAACUUGAAUUUUCAACCCUUCUUGCAUCCCUUGGAGAGAAAACGUUUGUUGGAAUUCCUGAGAAGACAUCAGGAACCAUUAAGGAACAACUUGCUGCUAUUGCACCAGCUCUAGAACAAUUGUGGAAGCAGAAGGAAGAGAGGAUAAAGGAUUUCUCAGAUAAAUUGUCAGAAUUCCAUGACCAGUUAAAAGAGCUCCAGAAGGAGAAAAGUGAUAGAUUGCACAAGGUCCUGGAACUUGUUAGCACUGUACAUGACCUUUGUGCUGUCGUUGGGAUCGAUUUCUACAGUACAGUGACAGAGGUGCAUCCAAGCUUAGAUGAUGCAACUGGGGUGGGGUCCAAAAGCAUAAGCAAUGACACCCUAGCUAGGCUUGCUAAAACGGUUAUAGCUUUAAAAGAAGAUAAGAAGCAGAGGUUAAAGAAGCUUCAAGAGUUAGCAACUCAGCUAAUUGAUCUUUGGAAUUUGAUGGAUACUUCUGAAGAAGAGCGUAGUUUGUUUGAUCAUGUUACUUGUAACAUCUCAGCUUCAGUGGAUGAAGUAACUGUCCCAGGGGCUCUUGCUCUUGAUUUGAUUGAACAGGCUGAGGUGGAAGUUGAAAGGCUAGAUAAGCUUAAAUUUAGCAGAAUGAAAGAGAUUGCAUUUAAGAGGCAAGGUGAGCUUGAAGAGAUUUUCGCACAUGCACACAUUGAGAUCAACUCGCAAGCUGCUAGAGAGAAAAUUUUGGCGCUGAUUGAUUCUGGGAGUGUCGAGCCUUCUGAGUUGCUAGCAGACAUGGAUAAUCAAAUCAUAAAAGCCAAGGAAGAGGCAAUCAGUAGGAAAGAUAUAUUGGAUAAAGUUGAGAAGUGGAUGUCAGCAUGUGAAGAAGAAAGCUGGCUUGAUGAUUACAAUAGGGAUGACAACAGAUAUAAUGCAAGCAGAGGUGCACACUUAAAUCUGAAGCGAGCAGAAAAGGCCAGAGUUUUGGUCAACAAAAUUCCGGGUCUUGUGGAGACUUUGGUGGGGAAAACCAGAGCAUGGGAAGAGGAACACGGACUUACUUUUGCAUAUGACGGUGUUCCACUCCUUGCGAUGUUAGACGAAUAUGCUUUACUCAGGCAUGACAGAGAAGAAGAGAAACGAAGAAUGAGGGACCAGAAGAAGUUUCAUGAACAGCUAAACACAGAACAAGAAGCAAUAGUCGGUUCAAGACCAAGCCCGGCGCGACCACUUAGCAGUACAAAGAAGGUGGUGGGACCACGUGUGAAUGGUAAUGGAAAUGGAACACCUAACAGAAGGCUUUCUUUGAACCAAAAUGGAGGUGCAGGUGCAGGUGGUAGGUCAGGCAAGAGAGACAGUACCAGACCAAUUGCUCCUUUGAACUAUGAGGCCAUAUCAAAAGAGGAUGCUGCCUCACAUGUCUCAGGUACCGAGCCUGCCCCAGUUACACCUUAA